AGAUCUUUUUUUCCUCAUGAAAGCCCAAAACCUGACACUUAUGACAAAUAAACAAAAGCCCGAAAUCAUUAGCUUGUGAACCCAGUCCGCUCUCUCAUGUCCAACCCGACCCAAAUAGUCCAUUUCGCCCCUGCAUCCCCAUGUUAAAGUGAACACGGCAAGAAGUUGGAAGCAAACUCGAAGAGCUUUCACUCCGUUUCUUUUCUUGAGAUUCAAGUGUUUAAAAGGCAUUGAAUUGGAUUACUAGAGUCAAUAGAUGGCAUUGAGGCGCUUCUUUGGGUUUUCGGAUGGUGAGCUGAUGAGGUCAGAUUGUAAACCCUGCUCUAGAUUAAUGAGGCAAACAGCAGGGGUUUUUUCUGUUGGAGGAGCACUGGGUUUCUGGAUUCUUUGUAGAUUGCAUUAUGGUCCAAGAAUUACAGUUCCUAGGAGCCUUCGGUGGGCUACUUGCGGAGCUAUUUCUACGAGUUCAACAACUGCUCUCCUGGUCCGCCUCUUCAGUCCUGAAUGCGAACCUCAGAACAUAGCUGCUUUUGACAGAGCAAAAUAGUAUAAUACAUUGUUCUUCAAGCUUGAGAUUAUCAUGCUUUAAACGAGCUCAUAUAUUAGUCUUUUGCCGGGAUCUGAAUCCUAAAUGAAUUUCCUGUUUUGACCACUACGAACUCAUUUUAAUUGCGCCUCUUGUGUAUAAAAGAAAUUGAUGCGUGUAGAGCCAUCUCAAGAAGCCUUUUGAGAACAGUUGGUCUGGUCUUGUUUGUUUCUCCUUUUGUUUUUCUUUAUUUUGUCUUGUUGAUUCUUGAGACGAAAGUUAGUGGAUUCUUGCAACUGUGUUGUAUUGCAGAGCCACAAAAUGGGCUAAAAGACUAAAGAGUGCGAUUGAAGCUGAAGGAAAUGUUCUAAAUUCUGUAUAUUGGACAGCGAUGCCUAUUCAGUGGGAGUUAAAGCCAUGAAUCUGAUCCUCCAUUCCUUAUUGUCAGCCCAUUUCUCUACUUGCCCAUUACUCCUUUUUUUUCCUUUUCAAUUUUCUUUUCUUUGAGAAUAUUGAAUUGUUGUGCUUGAUUCAGUGAAAUGAAAGAAAAACUCAUUAGAAGUUCUGAA